ACAAAAAAAGUUACACGUUUCGCAGUUUUUUGAUUACGAUCAUUCAAGACGAAUUAUGAAAUUAUUAUUGUGUACGAAUUAGACUGAAUUACAAUGGCAGAAGUUACAUCGACAGGACAACAGUCAAUAGAGAAUUUUCUUGACGAACGUGGUGAGGAACUUGAACAAGUAAUCAGUGAUGAAGAACCUGAGGAAGAUGUCACGGAGCUGGGUAUUAGCAUGGAUAAAAACACAAAUCUACAUUUCUCAGCUGCCCAUGGUAUGAUAGACAAUAUGAAAGACGAUUUGGAGUCUCCACAACAACUAAUUGACGCUGAGAACUUCAUGGGUUGGACCCCCUUGAUGAUGGCAGUUAGAAAUGGCCAUAUAGAGGCUGUAAAAUUUUUGUUAGAAAAAGGAGCUGACGUCACGAAGAAAAACAAACUUGGUGUCAACAUUUUUAACAUGAGUAUAACGAACGGCAAUCUUGAAUUGAUGGAAAUAGUUCUUAAACAUAUGCUCAAAGGAGGAAUUUCAAGAAAUCGCAUCCAAGAAAACCUUUCACCAAUAUCGUUAGCGAUUAUUUUCAAAAGGACACACUUGCUACGAUUUUUGAUGUCCCAAGGAUUUGACCUUAACGCUACUACUUGGAAAACUGGUUUAACACCACUGAUGUUCGCAGCAGCAGUGUCUGCAGAGAAAAUAAUUCCAGUGUUGGAAGUCAAGGGCGCCGAUACGAAAGCUAGAAACUAUAUGGGUGUGAACCACCAGGAAAUCAUUCAGUGGCGGCGCCAUGGUUUAGAGAAUAUGAAGGGAGUAGUUAAACCUAAACCAAAAUUCUCCCUUCCUACGAUAUCUGUAAAAACCGUGAACGAAGUGAGCCAAGAGACACCACCAGCUGCAGUAGUAACAACUAAACCAAUUGUGUCGAGUGUGGAGAAAAUGGCUAGUCCAAUUCCUCCGGAAACCAAUAAAAAGAUGGACGACAAUAUGGAAGCCGCUGGUGAAACGGUUACUUUACCUGAACCAAAGAUUUUCAUAAAACAGGAAGUGAUUGCAAGAUCUAGUAAUGUGGACAACCAAGAAAUUCAUUUCAAUGAUGAAAACGACCAGAAUCAGAUGAACCAAAUGAUGACGAAUCCGAAUUUGAUGGUCCAGGCGAAAGCAAGAAAGGAUAAGAGAGUUGUUCAGCCAUCUCUGAGGAAUGACAGUCCAAUUAUUCAACAUGCGUUCAACUUUCAGUCUCCGUACAACGGUCUUCCUUGUCCACUAUACUUCCCGGUGCUGAAUUCACCAUACGGAGCACCGGUGCCUAGUCCAGUCACACCUAUGAUGAUACAUUCGCCGUUCCCAAAUAUGAUGGCUGCAAUUGGCGAUAUGCCUCAAAACACGCCAUUGAACGUGAAUGGUCAGAACCCAUUUCAAUUUCCUUCAGGUCCACCGGUAUUUUUCCCAGGUCCGGUGCCUAGGCCAGACAUGAACUACGCCUAUGAUUCUACCACGGCGACUCCUAAUCCCGGUGGGUAUCCGGGAUCACCAUUUUUUUAUACAGUUUAUCCUCCUAUGCCAAAUGUUUAUCCAGUACCUGGACCAGGACCAAACCCGUAAUUUCAACAUUUUCUUUUGUAUUUACCACUGUGCGUGUUUUUGACUUUGUUAUCAUAUUGUUUUAAAGGUUGAUUUUAAUAUUGAAUAUUUUAUGACUGACAUUUUAUAUCGUAUAUUACUUACUUAGAUAGUAAAUGAAUAGUAUUACGAACUAAAGAAGAACUGAAAAUGUUUAAUAUGCUGUGAAUUUAUCAACGUAUCAAAAGAAGAACUGAAUUUAUCAAUACCUAUAUUAUUACAUGUUCAACAUUCAGUGAUAUUCUUAAUAAAUCAUUCGACUAGUAAGAA